UGUACACAGUGGGGUGUUGUACUGAUUGCAAUGAAGAUUACCUCAAAGCUACCACCACAUACAGUUUUUGUUAUUAUAGAGAUCUUAUUUGUAACAGUAAUAGCACAGACAAAUCUUGCAGUUAAGGGAAAUGUAGAUCAACACUCAACGCUUACAGAUGCAAAUGGUACAGUUUACAGUGCAAACUUGGCAAUAGAAGGACCUGUAAGUAAUAACUGGGAAGAUGGAUGUUCGUCUACAGACCAAGGACAAGCAGUAGCAUGGUGGGCUCUGGUUCUUCCGAGAGUAGCUUUUAUGACAAGUGUGGUGAUUUACUUUCGUGGCGACAGCAGGAUUGAAAGGAAGAAAGAACUAGUCAUCAGUAAAGAAACAGAUUAAUUUAUAUAACAUGUAAUAAUUCCAUCUGAAUAUAACAAACAUUGCACAUGUUAUGAAGAUUUAUUCACAUGUCUACUCUGAUUUGUAGUUAUGUAAUUGUAAUAUUAUAUAGUACAUGUAUUUUAUUUUAGAACAGUAUUUUUUUUUGCUGUGGAGAACAUCAAAGGAAUUUAGAAAAAUAUGAUUAAAGAUAGUUUCUUCCAUUUUUUUCUGUGACAAAAAAAAAUUGUGCAAAUUAGGAAAAUGAAAUGAGGCUAUAUUAUUAAAUAUUUUUGAGUUUUAGUUUUUUUACAUCCUAUUUUAAAAUUUCAUUGGCAUUUGAAGUAAUGAGUUGAAACCAGUUUUUAUCAAUCAUUUUGUUCUCAAGAUGUACAAACAGUACAGUAGGUAAUUAAGUCUUUGGUGUACAUUAGUUUACUAUGAUGUUAUGGUCAAAUAAACUUGAAAUUUUGUACUUGCAAGUGUUCAUUAUGAAGUCAUUUUUUAAAAUAAUUACAAAUAAGUUACUGAACAUGGAAAUGUGAUUGUGGGAGCAGGGUAGCGCUGCCCUCCUCACCGGCCUCUCAGUAACCUAAUGGUGUAUUGACUUGUAAAAUUUCCUUAGUUUACACUAUAAGGUUUGUGAUAAGUUCAGUUUAAGGAGAACCACUAAUAGUAUGUCAGGGAUAUUUUAUUUGCAGUUGAAUAAGCUUUAGGACAACGCAUGUGCUUGGGGAUUUUUUUACCCUGAACCCUCAAUCAUGGUCUAAUGACUUACAAUCUUUUGCAUAGUUUACAUGUUAAAGUUUAUGCUUAGGCCAGUUUAAAUUCGACCACUUAUCAGAGGUGGAUUUAGAGGGGCCUGCCCCUCUUUUUGUGGGACAAAUUUUGUUGAUUAUAUAUACGGAAUAACUGAAGCAUGACAAAAGAUAUGCAGUAGAGAGAAACCUUUAUAUUUCGUAGAAAAUACUUUAAAAAAGUAUGCUUAUAAACAAAAUUCAUAUUUUUUUCAUUUAGACACAUAUUUUUUUAUGAAUCAUAAUAUUUCAACAAAUGUUGGAAACAAAUUUACAUAAAAACUUUCUGAAUGUAUCAAAGUUCUGUGUUGUAAAAUCUUAUAGAUUGUUUUUUCGGGAUUUUUCCCAAUAUGUUUAAGAAAUCUGUAGCAUAAUUUUUCCUUGUAGAUUUAAAUUCGGGAUUUUUCCCGAAAUGGGUAAAAAAAUCUAUGCAACAAGUGUGUGCCUGAUAAUAGAUUUAUAUUUUCGGGAUUUUUCCCGAAAUGUGAAAAGAAAUUAUUAGUCAUGAGUUAUAGCAUAUACUUUGGGUUUUCGGGAUAAAUCCCGAAAUAUUUGAAAACAUCUGUGUUAUACAUUUUGCACUUAGUUUAUUUUUGUCGGGAUUUUUCCCGAAAUGUGUUUCAGAUCUGUUUGUCAAAACGCUUUGCCAACAUAUAUGUUAUAAAAAAUAAUGUUGAAAAUGAUUUCGGGACAUUUCCCGAAUAAAAAGUUGUCACAUACAUCUUUACCACAAAUGUUUUAAAACUUUCAUAUAUUUUGGGAAAUUUCCCGAAAAUUAAAUGUAAGUUUUAUCAAUUAUAUGAAUAAAAACAUGGAAUAUUGUAAAAAUUGUGUGUUUCUUUAUGAAAUCUGCAUUCAUUGAUGGUAAACAUUGAAAAAGAUUAUAAAAAGGAAUAAAAUGGAUUUUAC